CUCCUGCGACUGUGCGCUCUGCACGCUACGUCAUGACGUUGUGGAUGAUCGGCAACAUGGCGGCGCACAGUGUUCCUUCGACGUUAAAGAGGCUUCUGUUCGCUGUAAAGUAUUCCCCUCUCCAGUCCAGAUGCUGUGCUGUGCAGAGAGAAGCUCAGUAUUCCACCAUAUCUAUUCCCAGUGAAAAGACCUUUGAUAAGAUCCUCAUUGCAAACAGAGGAGAGAUUGCUUGCAGGGUGAUCAAGACAUGCAAGAAGAUGGGCAUCCAGACUGUGGCUGUUCACAGUGAUGUAGACUCCAGCGCUGUUCAUGUAAAGAUGGCUGAUGAGGCGGUCUGUGUUGGCUCCGCCCCCACCAGUAAAAGCUACUUGAACAUGGAUGCCAUCAUGGAUGCCAUCAGAGUGACUGGAGCACAAGCUGUUCAUCCUGGUUAUGGGUUUCUGUCUGAAAAUAAAGAGUUUGCAAAACGACUGGCAGCAGAAGGUGUAGCAUUCAUUGGCCCAGACACCCAUGCUAUCCAGGCAAUGGGGGAUAAAAUUGAAAGCAAGCUAAUUGCAAAGGCUGCCAAAGUCAACACUAUCCCAGGAUUCGAUGGCGUUGUCAAGACUGCAGAGGAAGCUGUGAAGAUUGCACAGGAGAUUGGUUACCCUGUGAUGAUCAAAGCUUCUGCAGGUGGAGGAGGGAAAGGAAUGAGGAUUGCCUGGAACGAUGAGGAGACGAGGGAAGGUUUCCGGUUCUCAUCGCAGGAGGCAGCAUCCAGCUUUGGAGAUGACAGGCUGCUCAUUGAGAAAUACAUAGACAACCCCAGACAUAUAGAGAUUCAGGUAUUGGCUGAUAAACAUGGAAAUGCUCUGUGGCUCAAUGAGAGGGAGUGCUCCAUCCAGAGGAGGAACCAGAAGGUAGUGGAAGAGGCGCCCAGUACUUUCCUGGACCCAGUCACACGACGGGCAAUGGGUGAACAAGCAGUCCAGCUAGCCAAAGCUGUGCAGUACUCCUCUGCUGGGACUGUGGAGUUUCUAGUGGAUUCUAAGAAGAACUUCUAUUUCCUGGAGAUGAACACACGACUACAGGUGGAGCAUCCAAUUACAGAGUGUAUAACUGGCUUGGAUCUGGUGGAGCAGAUGAUCAGGGUUGCCAAGGGUUACCAACUCCAGCACACGCAGGACGAUAUCCCAAUAAAUGGCUGGGCCAUUGAGUGCCGGGUCUAUGCAGAGGAUCCUUACAAGUCUUUCGGUCUUCCUUCCAUUGGACGGCUGUCUCAAUACCAGGAGCCACUCGACCUUGACAAAGUCCGUGUAGACAGCGGCAUUCAAGAGGGAAGUGACAUCAGCAUCUACUAUGAUCCCAUGAUCUCUAAGCUGAUUACCUACGGAGCUACACGAGCUGAAGCUCUUGGUAGGAUGGAGGACGCUCUGGAUAACUAUGUGAUCAGAGGUGUGACCCACAACAUUCCUCUCCUGCGAGAAAUCAUCACUCAUCCUCGCUUUGUCUCUGGUCACAUCAGCACCAACUUCCUCCCAGAGGUUUACCCUGAUGGCUUUAAGGGCCAUCAGCUAGAGGCAGAUGCAAAAAGGGAGCUGUUGGCAUCAGCAGCAGUGCUCUACAUCACUGCUGAGCUCCGUUCAGCAAAGGUCCUUGGUACCCAGAGGGUGGCCUCCACUCCUGUGGAAUGCAGCCACUGGGAGCUGUGUGUGGAACUGGGCGAGGAACGCCAGGAUGUGGAAAUCAGCAAAUCAGGAACUGUUUAUACUGUGGAGAUGGAUGGAGCGAAGGUGGAAGUUUGGGGAGCUUUGAAUCUGGCCUCCCCAUUGCUGCCACUCACAAUCAAUGGCACACAGAGAAUGCUACAGUGCCUUUCCAGAGAUGCUGCUGGAGUGAUUGUCCUACAGUACCUGGGCACAUUGUUUAAGGUUCGAGUUCUGUCCAAGCUGGCUGCAGAGUUGAACUCCUACAUGCCAGAAAAAGUUUCAGAGGACACGAGCAGCAUCCUGCGUUCGCCGAUGCCGGGAACAGUUGUGGCUGUAUCUGUCAAACCUGGAGAUACGGUUGCAGAAGGUCAGGAGAUUUGUGUAAUUGAAGCCAUGAAGAUGCAGAACAGUUUGACUGCUGUCAAGCAAGCAAAGGUUAAAAGUGUCCACUGUAAGCCAGGGGAGACUGUGGGGGAAGGAGACCUGCUUGUGGAGCUGGAAUAAAACAUGAUCCGUUCCCUUUGACAUGUGACUUGUGUGAACUGGGACAGAUGGAGUUGAACUGUGUCACAAUGUUGGUGUGGGUGCUCACACAGUUGUCACAUGUAUCUUUGAUUCAGCUGACUGUUCCAAUCACUCUGUUGUAUUUAGGUUCCAUCCAUCCAUCCAUCCAUUCGCUUCGCUUAUCCUUUUCAGGGUCG